AUGGCCCCUGACGCCUACGAGGGUGAACUUAACAUUCAAUAUGAAGACGCAGAACACAAUAUCUGGCCGGAAAUUUCUUGCUCGGAUGACACUUGCUUCUCUGGUUCCAAAGUCUCUACUACAACUCGGGAUUCGUUGUGGGAAGACUUUAUCUUACCUGAACACCAACCUCCAAAUAAUUUGCUCGAAGAAGAUCCGAAUUCCAGCGUAAAUGACUAUGAGAAAUGGUGGAGCACCAUGCGGCAAUGGGCAGAUAAAUCAUUCCAGCCAAAUAGACCGGGUGGCACCGUCCUUCAAGCUAUUGAUGCUGAGACUUUAACCGUAGGGGGGACCCGCUUCUGCUGUUAUGGCAUGAUACCAAAUGCUGUCGUCAGACUCGUGGGAAAUAUGACAGAAAUUGCUGCUAAGAUCGACCCGAGUCAGCCUUACCAGUCAUUUGACAUAUCGAAAUAUGGAUAUUGUUUCAUGCUCAAAUUUCCCGAUGCUAGUGUGUUCGCCCAAGUGAGCGAGCUGAUUUCUCGUGGCCUGACGGAGCUAUGGGAAUAUCGGUCCGUGGAGAUUAGAGCGUUUGUCGAGACGAGCCGAGUCUACCACGUGUGUUCUCGAGCUAAGAAGCCAAGCGAAGCAACACUGAAGUCGGAGAUAAAUAUAUACGGUCCUGCGGAUGAUGCUAGAAGUAUUGGAAAUAAACUAGGUUCCGCUAAAAUAUUUCUUCAGGAUCCAGACCACGGCGUUCAAGACAUCGAGUACUAUAACCCUCAUGUCAUACAGCUUCCCGGCAUCGAAGAGCCAGCAUCUCAAAAUGCAAAAGAGUGCUUUCUUACAAACCAGCCAAGUCAUAAAGAAAAUAUGAAGAGAACGCAUGAUGUGAUUGAUCACACAAUUUCAACUGUAUACCACUCACUCACACGGUCUCGAAAUCUGGAGAGAACUCAAAGCGUGCAUGUCACGACACAACUCUUACCAAAUAGCACUGCAUUUCAUGAUACAGAGGGAGAUCGGUCCUAUAAAUCUUCAGAGUAUAGUUUCUGGUCGUAUGAACGUAAUAUCAUGACGCCAUUAUAUCGUCACAAAUUGACGCAUGCAGAGUCGGCCGAGGUUCCUAAUGAACUAGGAGGAGGUAUUCUGGCGGAUGAUAUGGGAAUGGGAAAAUCACUUAGUGCACUGGCACUUAUUACUAGAACUUUUGAGCUGGCUCACUUGUGGUCUCGGGAGGUACUGUCCACUACCAGGGAACUUCGCGCCCGAGCUAGCCUUAUCAUUGUUCCAUCUACUCUAAUCAUGAACUCUUGGCUAAAAGAGGUUGAAACGCAUCUAGAUAAAUCCGUCACUAUCGCUAAAUACUAUGGAAAAUCCAGGGACGACGAUAUUACAGACUACCUAAAGUAUGACAUUGUAUUCACAACGUACCACACCAUUGCGGUGAGUAUGAAUCAGAAGGACAGUGUGGUAUUCCAAUAUCUUGGUUUAGAAUUGUUCUUGAUGAAGGUAUCACACAUGAUUCGUAGGCGGGAGACGACACUUCAUCAAGCAGCUAGCCAGCUUUAUGCAAAGUACCGGUGGUGCCUAACUGGGACUCCGAUCCAAAAUCGACUCGAAGAUGUCGGGUCCCUGCUUGCGUUCCUCCGCAUUAAGGAACUUGGACACAGAGCAGCUUUCAGAAAUAGCAUUAUAUUGCCCUUUUCUGACGGCGUCGCAUCGGCUGUCCACAAUUUGGCAUUCCUUCUGGAUUGCGUAUGCCCCAGGAGGUCUCAGGAUCUACUACAUUUACCGAAUAUCACAGAGAGAUAUCAUUAUGUGACUUUGAAGGAAGAUGAAAGGAAACACUACGAUGAUAUGCUGGAAGAUAUGUCUAACAUAAUCAAAGGAAAGGCACAAAAGGAAACAGGAAGGCGCGAUCAUUUUGGCAUCUUUCAAGCCCAACUCCAGCUUCGCCUUCUCUGUAACCAUGGCACUUUUCAAAAGCCAUUCAUGAGUCGUCACCCUCGCGACAGAAAGAUAGAACGUGAGGAGUUCUUAUAUUCGCUAGGAACGAAUGCCGAGUUUCCCUGCUCAAUGUGCGGCAUUCCCAUUCCUGUCUUCGAUAUUAGCGGAGGUCCCAGCUCGCCUGAAGAUAUCAAUGGUUCUUGUCCCUUAUGCAGAAAAUCUCUUGGACAUGGGGCUGGCUCAGCCGAGAAGAUAUCUUCCGAGGGAAAGGACGAUGACGAUGAUGGUUAUUUCAACUGGUCCGGAUUCUCAUCCAAGAUACAGGAUCUUAUGGAAGACUUGACAGAAAGCCCCAGAGACGCGAAGAGUAUCGUAUUCUCCGGCUGGACAAGAACACUGGAUUUGAUAUCUGUACAUCUUAGGAAGAGACGCAUGCUCUUCCAAAGGAUAGAUGGUGACCAAUCUCUUCAGCAGCGCCAGUACAAUAUGGAUAGGUUUAUGGAAGACAAAGGCAUCCCAAUUCUGCUGAUGAGCACGGGAGUGGGGGCAUUCGGUCUUAACCUUACAGUGGCGAACCAUGUAUACAUCCUCGAGCCUCAGUGGAAUCCGAGCGUGGAGAGUCAGGCUAUCGGUCGGGUGUCUCGCCUAGGCCAAAGCAAGCCCGUUUCGGUGACGCGGUACAUCGUUCGAGGGACAGUAGAAGUUAGCAUGCAAUCUCAACAGAUCCGAAAGGUAGAACUUGCAAAAGUUGGGUUUCAGGACGUCAAUCCAGAUGACUCGUAAUGCAUAGUAAACACCUUUGCUUUG